AUGUGCAUGGGAGCUCGUCUUUGGGCCCGACUUGAUGCCAUCUACUACGGAGCGUCAGCAGAACAGGCAGCGGAAAUCGGUUUUGAUGACAAGGCUUCCCACGAGUUCUUGAAGAACCCGAAAACCGACGAGUCGCGGUAG